AUGUCAAAUGAUUUGUCCGUGAAAAAUGGAGGAAAUUAUUCUCGGCUAGCCUGUGAGAUCCAGUUCGUACGAUCGAUGGGCUACUACCUGAUCCAGAUCUACAUACCCUCGGGAUUAAUCGUGAUAAUCUCAUGGGUGAGCUUUUGGCUAAACCGAAACGCAACCCCCGCUCGGGUCGCCCUCGGAGUAACCACUGUGCUCACCAUGACAACCCUCAUGUCCUCGACUAACGCGGCCCUCCCCAAAAUCUCCUACGUCAAGUCCAUCGAUGUCUACCUGGGAACUUGUUUCGUCAUGGUCUUCGCCUCGCUCCUCGAGUACGCCACGGUCGGUUACAUGGCUAAGAGGAUCCAGAUGCGCAAGAAUAGGUUCCAAAAAAUAGCUGAGAGUAUGAAAGCUGCCAGGGAAAAUCCAGGACCACCAGGUGUACCUGGUGAUCAUGGUGAUCAUGCGCCCAAACAAACUGAGGUGCGGUUCAAGGUCCACGACCCAAAGGCACACAGUAAAGGUGGAACAUUAGAGAACACCAUAAACGGCAGGGCUGACGAAGAAGCUCCUCCGGCGCCUCCUCAUCUUAUUCAUCCGACCAAAGACAUCAGCAAGCUCUACGGUAUCACGCCCUCGGAUAUCGACAAAUACUCGCGGAUCGUCUUUCCCGUGUGUUUUGUCUGCUUUAAUCUGAUGUACUGGAUAAUAUACCUGCACAUCAGCGACGUUGUCGCGGACGACUUGGUGCUACUGGAGGAGGCCAAAUAA